UUUGGUAGAGAUGAGGUUUCACUAUGUUGGCCAGGAUGCUCUUGAUAUCCUGACCUCAUGAUUUGCCCCUCAGCCCCCCAAAGUUGUUGGGAUUACAGGCUGAGCCACCAUGCCCAACCUAGCUUUUCAAACUGUAAAUAGGUGCUCUAGUGUUAUUUUUUUUUCUUUAUCCCUCUUGUAUUAUUUUAGCAAAGCAUCUUAUAUUAGGACAUGUUAUAUUUAUGCCAAUGUGAAAUAAGUUACGGCCAAGUUUUGCAAAAAUAGGAAGCAGUGAGAUACGUGGUUUUUUUCUCCUCACUAAAUAUCAGUAAUUGUCAGGAAUAGUAUUACCUAUUUUCAUUUCCUCUUCAGCUUUGAGUUUUGUUGAUCUGGACACUAAAACUGAUGUAUACCUGAGGAAAAAAUAAAAUGUGCUCAUGAUUAGGGAAAAUCACGUUAUUUUUAAUUUUUUUUUUUUUUUAACAAGUAGGAAUUUGGGUGUAUGGAUGAGAGGCUAAUCUACUUCUGUAACAGGCCAUAGAAGAAAACCAGUUGCAUUUUAUGGUAAUAAUUUGUACUCCCAUUAUUCUGGAGACUUAAGUUUAAGCAAAGUAGCCAUCAGUAUUUUAAUUGAAAAAUACUAAAGCCACAUAACUGAGGAGGAUGUCAUAUUACUUUCAACAAAUUCCUUAAUGCUGCCUAAGCAUAUGGAUGUUUUAAUUAUUUGCUGGUUAUAAACAGAUAUCUAAUACACCAGAAUAACUGAUGGUAAAACUGUGUAACUUGUAAAUUUUUUUCAUCAGUGUUAAAUAUUAUUUAAAUCUUAAAAUCAUUUAAAGACUUAACGUUGCCACUGGGUGGCAGCCAUGGCUUCUUUCAUGGCAACAGAAGUGAACAAAUAUAAUUAAGACAAAUUUGCAUCUCUAUUCCAUCUGCUUUUAAAACGUUUUAGUCCAUAUUCCAUUAUUUUUCUAGAUCAGUAAUCCUUUGUUUAUUAAGGGUAAUUAUUAGUAGGCAAGUUUUUCAUGGAAAUGAAAAUCAUGUAUGCUUAUCUUCUCUUUGCUGUAAAAUCAAAUGCAUAUAAAUUGAGGAAAACUGUUUAAAUGGCUGUAGGAUGACUAGGUAGUAAACAUCAUCUUAAUUUUUAACAUAUAUUUGAUGAUGCUUUCCUUUUAUUUGCUGUUAUGUUUCUGGGUUUUUCCCAGUCUUAUGAAAAAAAUAUAUGUUUGUAAAAAGAGAACAAUUAAUGCUUUGCAUCACAGACAUGAACUAUUUGUAGUAAACUCCACUGAGCUGAUAUUAAUAGAGCAGACUUUUGAGAAAGUAGAAAUGUAGUAGCACUGGAAACAAUGCAUAUUUCUGUUCCAUAAUUAGGUUUAUUGUUGCUGUAGAGCUCCCAGAUAACCCAUGUGUACCAGUAAUAUCUAUUAGUGUGCUCUUAUUAUGGUAUAAAAACUAUAAAAACCUCACUGGGAGCUUAUUUUCUACUUAAACAUUUUACCAGUUUUUAAAAAGUCUUAAACCAAUGCUUACACCAGUGACUGUUUUUAUAAUGCUUGAAGUAAUUUUAAGAACUGAAACAAGCAUAGAAAACAUCUGAAUAGGUAGAUAGUAAUAAUAAUACUUGUAUUAGAAACCAAGCUUCCUGAUUCCCAGCCUGGUGUCUAUAUCAUGACACACUACCCUAUGUAUGCUUGGUUUUAGACUAGGAGGAGGGUCCGAGGAAGAGCAAUAUUACAGAAGUUUUCUUCCACAUGAGGAGUAUGCUUAAUUGCAAAUUUAAAUACAUGUAACAGAUGUAACCCUGCCUAACCCACUUCUACAAAUAACUUCUCCAAAAUCUUGGAAGAGGUUUUUUAGAACAUUAUAUAAGCUUUAUAACAAAAACCGUUGCCAUCGUGUCCCUUAUUUAGUCAUAAAUCCUUAGGAUUUAGCUGAAUAUAUACUCACACAUGUAUAUUACAAAUAUAUCACUAUACAGUUAACACAUGCACCUUGCACUAUUAGAGACAAAUAAUAUUGCUAAACAAAAUAGGAAGGCUUAAUGCCAUCUAUUGCCAUUGCUAGAAUAAUUAAAAGGCCUAGCAGAUGAGCAACUUGGGUAGUUAGAAUAAGGUCAUUCUUGUAGAAUAUGGCCCCCUUAUCUUUACCAGUGCACAUGGUGAAAAAUUCAAACAGUAAAAUAAAGUCUCCUCCUUUGAUGUAAAAAUAUAGAGACAAAUCUCUAAUACAUUUUAUUUGGGAAGCAAGAAUUGCAAUUCAGGGCAUAUACACAGAAUGAGUAGUUUUUAAUAUACCCAAAGAACAGAGAAGGUUGAGAGUUUUAUUAUAAAGAGAAAUGUUACAUCCAUUUUGAAAGAAAAUUCAUUGGCUCUAGAGAAGUUUUUGGGAAUUGGCAAGCUCUGAUUGAUGUGUGACAGUGGUAGGUAAAACCAGUCUUAGAGCCACAGCAGCUACUAGGUAAAACUGGUUUUAGGGCUUACAGCAGGCUCUUUCAGUAGCCAGACUUGUGGAAAACUGAGUUCUUGGAGCUGCUGCUAUGUCCUCUGAGUGCUUUUUCCCCCAGCCCAUUAACUCUGAUUUGGUUGGGUGUGACAAGAACCCUUAUCCCCCUAGUUGAGAUCUCCAGAUGCAGUUUACUCUCCUAUUUUUCCUGAAACACGGAAAGUUUUGUGUUUGGAAUCUGAAAAUCAUCAUUUUUUCAGAAAUAUUCAAUUACAUUGUCCAAUAAAUUAAGAGUGUGGCAUUACAGUACUAAGUUUUCCAUUUUAAUACUUUGCUAGAAGAUCUUAAGGCGUCCUUUAUAAUCUUGCAUUUAUAUAGAUCUUUUAACUUUCCAAAUGGCUUCACAAUCAAGGUCACUUUUUUCUUAAAGGACAUUUGGUGUAGGAUAGAUGCUAUCUUAAUUUUAUGUUUCGAACAGCACCCUUUUUUAAAAGAAUGCCAAAUUACUGUUUCUGAAGAGACACAUUAUUAGAAGCAUUGGCUUGCUACUCAAUUCUGAUAGGCUGGUUCUGUUAGUGUUUAGCAAGUUUUUGUGACUCAAUUCUCUGCUAUCUUUUAAACACUUGACAGACCAGCUUGAUACGUAUUCCCCACACCCUAAUUUCUUGCUGUUACAUGAUCUAAACCAAAUAAUUCAGGAACUGAAAUGUUUAUUUCUAGUUUACUAAUGAGGUGCACCUUUUAUCUGAAAGUAUGCAACAAUUUGCUGAGACUUGUUUAAUGAGUAGAACCUAAGUUGGACUUGUUGGGGUUUUGAACAGGAGGAGUUUCAGCUAUCAGCCACCAUGUUCACAGAGGGAAAUGUUUUAAAUUAGUGUCUUUGAGUGUUUUCUGAUGGGUUAAAUUAGAUUUCUGAGGUAGUUGCUUUGAAUAAAUUUCUGUGCUUAGAUAAUUUAUAUCUUAGACUAUGAAGAAACUUUUCAGAUAAAUAGUCUUCAUGAAAUUAUUGAGCCUAAAAGGUGAAUUCCAGAAUGGGACUGUUGUGUUGUCUAUUUUAGGCUAAACAGGAAUGGUUAUUAAAUUGAUAUUUUUUGAGUACUUAUGAAGGAAAAUUAGUAAUCCUUGAAUAAGGAUGGUUUCUCUUGGAGAAGUAAUGUAAAACUUGAUGUUCUAUAGACUUAAUAGACAAGGGGAUGUUACAGAGAACAAAUUCAUCAGGGCAUAUGACAAUGUCGAGGAAAUUUUUUUGAACUGUUACAUCUCUGUAUAUGAUUGUAUGUUUAAAUAGUUUUUGGAGAUACUCAUAAUCAGUUUAUCCAACUCGCCUCACGUAUUUUGUUGCUGAGCUGAGACUAUUUUAGUAAUGGAAAAGAAAAUGGAGAAAGUUUUCAUAAAUUUCAUAAAAUUUAUAUUUUAGUGAUGUAAUACCUAAUGGAGAAGAGCUCUGAAUUAAAAUUUUAAAAUAGAGCAAGUUGAGGGUUGAAGAGUAAGGGUGAGGGUGUUAAUUAAUAUAGGACAAUAAAAAGAGGCCUCUAAUAAAAUUGACCUUUAAGCAUACUGUGUGCUCCACUUAAUAGAAUCACUGAUGACUAGGAGCAACCAGUGACUGAGUAAAAUACAGCAACCAAAAUCAUUUGAAAAUUAUGUAGAGCGUCACUAUUAUAGAGCUUUGUUUCUGGUUUUCAGAUUGUAAAUUUGCCUAAAAUAGUAUUUGUUUUAUUGAAAUGUGGAACAUUUAAUUACAGAAGGCUAUUCUGAAUAAACCCUGAUUCUCCAUUUUAAAGGAGUUUUUUGGGGGGAUGUCAGAUAGAAAAAAAUAAUUAGAGAAAGAGGAUAGUUUGGCCAACUUAAGAGUUCUAAUUAAUCACACCCUAAAGGAAACCCUGGAUGUUAAAUUUCUGAUGACCAGACAAUAAACAUUUGGGGGAGGAAAUUGAAAAACUGAAGUGUUUAGAAGGGAAAAAGGAAUGCAGGAGCCCUGAAAAUUAGAGUCUAAAAGUGUGUAGAAAUUCCACAUGGAACAGACUUGGUGGAAGCAUGAAUUCAAAGUCUAAGACAAGAGGAAUUCCGCUAUUUAAAUUCCCUGUGUUACUUCUAGAAAGAAAAAAUUGAGACAGUUUCAACUAAAUGUCACAAGUGCUAAAACACAGAACAAAGCUAUUUAAGAAUCAAUGCACACUAGUCUGUGUUAAGUAGGGGAAAGGAAGGUUACUGGAAUGUGGUAGUUGACCACAUAGUUCAUUCCAGAACACAGGGCCUAUCUUGGACUUGCACAACCCUAAGAGUGAGUGCCUCAGAGUUUGCACCCUAGGUGCUUCCCUUAAUUUUAGUCCUGGCCCUGCAGGACACAGAGAGCUUAGGGGUCUUUUCUUUGGCCACAAAACUUCCCAUCCCUCCCCAUUGCCUCUACCUUUUCAUAAAAACCUUUUCUCUGCUUGCUUUUCUUUCCAUAAUUAAAUAUCAGAGAUUUAAGUGUCAGUGUAAUAGAGGAAAAAGAAUCCUAUUUCUGAACUGUACCUGCUUAUAGGAAAUAGGUCUAUUCUUCCAGCGGUUUUUCUUCUGACAUGGAUGAUCCUCCAACUCUGUGGAAGGCACCACAGAUUAACCUGAGAAGUGCAGGAAACAGAAUAGAGAAUAGUUUGGUUUUGGCAUGUUGCACAGACAAGACAUUAUAACUUCUCUUUCUAUAGAAGAGCACCUCAAAGCCAGAAGAGAAAGGGAAAAUUAGGGUCAGGGAUUGUCCGGGAAUGUUAGCGGCUAGCGGGUGAGGUAUAGCCCUCCAGAAGUCCUCACCCAAUGAUACAGCCCAGGCAGAGGUGGGUGGUCUGAGUUACUGGGUCAUGACCCAGGCUUGAAAAGGAUUAUUGUUCAAAAACUAUGACAGGCAAAUGGCAUUAUCUCUCAGCACCCCUUGAGGUGAGGUGUGCUGAACCCAGGGCAGACUCUAUGCAAUGGCUUAUGAAGGAUUGGCAGGCAGUACUGUCUUACCAGAGCAUGGCAGUGCUGGACAGGAGUAUCUUGACAGGGACCCAUGAGCAGGUGGGGCUAACUAUCCAUCUUAACACUUCAAAGUUUGGUGAACAACUUUUCUUCCCCAACAGCAUAGCUAAAUGAGUCUUAUUCUUUUUUCCAUUUUCUCCUUGUACUUUCCUUUUCAUCCUCUAAUUCAGCCUAUAUGCCCCUCUACCUUUUCAUCCUUGCUCAUAUUAGAAGGAAUGCUGAAUGGUGUGCAUCUCUCUCCCCUACCCGCAUCUAACUGGUACAUCCUUGGAACCCCAUAUUGAGGUCUGCCUAUUCCCUAAAGCCUUUGCUAAUCUGUUGGAUCACUUCUCUGUGUCUUUCAGACACUUUGAAGCAUGCUUUUGAUGUUGACUGGGAAGCACUUAAGGUGAGUGAACAAAGCUUGGAGUUUCACAGGCCUCAGUUGGAAUUCCUGUUCCAUCCCUGACUAGCUCUGCGAUCUACAGUAAGUUCUAUUUCCCUGAGCCCUAUGUCCUCACUUGAAGAGUGAAGAAUCAAAUCAUAUCUUACCUUGCAAGUCUGUUGUAUUAUAUAUGGACAUGUAUAUAGAGUGUAGAAACCCUUUAGGACGAUUCCUGGCAGACAGUAGAUAUCCAGCAACCAUUGGCUUAUAUUGUUAACUUUUGACAUGCUGAAACUGUGAGCAGAAGUGAACUUAGAGGAGAGGAAUCAGGAAGCCAAGAUGAAGAACAAAGGUAAGAUUGGGGACAGACAUUGAGAUCAUGAAGCAUUCUUAAGAGGAGCAGUGAGAGACUGUACAAGCUGCUAGUGACCAGAAGUCAAAGCACAGAUGUGGCCACUGACUUAACAGUGCUGGGAUCAAGGAAAAUAUGCACCAACUUUUCUUGACCAUGAUGUGGUGAAAAGAUACAUAGCAAAUGUUUAUUGUAUGCUUUUCACAACAGCCCUAAGUUGGGUACUAUUAUAAUGGUUCCAAUUUUCAGGUGAGAACCAUAAGGCAGGUAGUUUAAAUGACUUGCCUAAAGAAACACAACCAAAAAGUUGACACCAAUCAACCUGAGACAAAGAUUAUUUACCUAUUAGAGACUCCCCUGCCCAUAUAAGCAUCAAAGUUCAAAUGUCUCAAGCUGAACAUAUGCAGCCUUUUUCUACAGCACUCCCAAUCCUGCCUGUCCUGACCACACUCCACCCACUUUAUUAUUUCACUUGAGGUGCUGCCAUCCACCCAGUUACCCAAACUCAGAACCUGAAAGUCAUGUUUGGCUCCUCCUCCCCAGCCCUCCUAAUCCACUCAAUAUUCAGGGGCUGUCAGUUCUACCUUCUUUAUCUUUUGAAUUUGGUCAUUUCUCUCUACAGACAUGAGAAACCUAGUGGAGGCCAACAACGGCUCUCACCUAGAUCACUUCUGAAGCUCCCUCGUGGCCCUCCUGCCUUCAGUCUUCCCCCCAUCCCCGUGGUGUUUUCUCCACCCUAGUCACAAACUUUUUAAAGCUCAAAUGCAGGGAAUGACAUGACCAUAUUUGAGCUUUGAACCCUUCCUUUGACCUUCAUUGCUCUCAGGAGAAAGUCCAAGCUCCUCAACAAGGCAUUCAAAACUCUGUAGAAUCCUGUUUCUGUCUGCUAUUGAGCCCCAAUUCUCGCCAUUUCAAUCUUGUUCUCCUGUUGCACCAAACUUCUCGUUGUGUCUUAAAAACAACACUCCUGACUGAUUUUUUUUUUUUUUUUUUUUUCAGUUUAAUACCUAGUCCUGGAGUCACCUCCUCCAGGAAGCUUUCUGUGAUCCUACAGGCUGGGUUAGAUGUUUCUUAGUGAUCCUCUAUUCCCUUAUGAAUAUUGCUGUCACUUCAUUUUAAAAAUUAAUUUAUGAUUAUUCUCAUGUUCAUCUUCUCCACUAGUUGGGAAGUUCUUGUUGAGAGAAUGGACUUGAAUUCCCAAGAACUAGCACAUAGUAAGCCUUCAGUGAAUGUUUCUUGAAUGAAUAAAUAAAUGACCAACUUUCCUAACGUUACAUUAUAAGUUCUGAAACGAACCAAAAUACAUUUUACUCUAGAACCCAUGUUUAUACCACUAUUGUAUUUGCACAUUAGGGUGGUUAAAAUCCUUCAAGGGCUAAAUUUUAAGGGGCUAAAUCCUAUCAUAAGGUUUUUCUUCCACCUCUUGAAAUUAGUUUUAAUUUUUCAGUAAUACAUUUACAUGACUCAGUAAUCAAACAAUGCACAAAAAUAUUUGGUCAAAAGUAUUGUUCCCAUUUUUCUCUUCUAUCUUCCAAUUCCCACUUUCUCUGACCCAAGGUAACCAAUCUUGUUCAUUUCUUAUAUCUUCUUUCAGCUUUUCUUUUUGCAAAUGCAUGCACAUGUGAAGCUAUAUAUUCUUCUUCACCUCCGAACUUUUAGAAAGGUAUUUAAAUUUUUUUCAAAUAGCUCUGCUUUUUCUGAAGUGGGUAUGUAUUAGAAAAAAGAGCUUGUCAGUAGCCAGCUUGAAUGAAUUCACAGAGAGAAACUUGGAAGAGGACAGCUAGGUAUUCAAUGAGGGAGGGAGAUAAUCCUGCCUGCACACGGACUUCUGGGGAUGUGCAGGGUCCUCCAGGACAGAGCCUAUGGUCCGGGUAUCGCUCAUAGGCAGAUUCUCAAGCUCCCUAAAGUUACAUUUUCUCUGGAACUCUCCUAGGCCACUCCCCCAUGAUGCAAUAUCUGGGUUUGGACAGAAAGGAGGGUGCUUCCAAGCCCGCCUUUUCUCAGCUUCCUGGGCUGGUUCCAGAACAAUUCGAGCUUCACUGAGACUCAGACCUCAGCUCCAACAUUUGCAUUCUGAAGAAAGACGGCUGAGAUGGACAGAAUGCUUCAUUCUGGAAAUAAACAAUGUUCCAGGUCAAACUGAAUCUACCAAAUACAGACUUUCACAAUGGUUCUAGAAGAAGUCUGGACAAGUCUUUUCAUGUGGUUUGUCUAUGCAUUGAUUCCAUGUUUGCACACAGAUGAAGUGGCUGUUCUGCCUGCCCCUCAGAACCUCUCUGUACUCUCAACCAACAUGAAGCAUCUCUUGGUGUGGAGUCCAGUGAUUGUGCCUGGAGAAACAGUGUACUAUUCUGUCGAAUACCAGGGGGAAUACGAGAGCCUGUACAUGAGCCACAUCUGGAUCCCUAGCAGCUGGUGCUCACUCACUGAAGAUCCUGAGUGUGAUGUCACUGAUGACAUCACGGCCACUGUGCCAUACAACCUUCGUGUCAGGGCCACACUGGGCUCACAGACCUCAACCUGGAGCAUCCUGAAGCAUCCUUUUAAUAGAAAUUCAACCAUCCUUACCCCACCUGGGAUGGAGAUCACCAAGGAUGGCUUCCACCUGGUUAUUAAGUUGGAGGACCUGGGACCCCAGUUUGAGUUCCUUGUGGCCUACUGGAGGAGGGAGCCUGGUGCAGAGGAAUGUGUCAAAAUGGUGAGGAGUGGGGGUAUUCCAGUGCACCUGGAAACCAUGGAGCCAUGGGCUGCAUACUGUGUGAAGGCUCAGACAUUUGUGAAGGCCAUUGGGAGGUACAGCACCUUCAGCCAGACAGAAUGUGUGGAGGUGCAAGGAGAGGCCAUUCCUCUGGCACUGGCCCUGUUUGCCUUUGUUGGCUUCAUGCUGAUCCUUGUGGUCGUGCCACUGUUCAUCUGGAAAAUGGGCCGGCUGCUCCAGUACUCCUGUUGCCCCGUGGUGGUCCUCCCAGACACCUUGAAAAUAACCAAUUCACCCCAGAAGUUAAUCAGCUGCAGAAGGGAAGAGGUCCAUCCCUGUGCCAUGGCCGUGAUGUCUUCUGAGGAAAUCUUCAGGGCCUGGAUCUCAUAGGCUUGGGGAAGGGCCCAGGUGAAGCUGAGAACCUGGUCUGCAUGACAUGGAAACCAUAAGGGGACAAGUUGUGUUUCUGUUUUCCUCCACCAACAAGGGAUGAGAGAAGUAGGAAGAGCCUGUUGUCUACACGUCUAGAAACAUCCAUCAGAGGCAGACUGGUUUGUCUAACAGAGCACUGACUGGGGGUUAGGAGAUGUGACCUCUAGGCUGAGGGCUGCCAUUUGCUGGCUGAGCAACCCUGGGAAAAGUGACUUCAUCCCUUCGGUCCUACGUUUUCUCAUCUGUAAUUGGGGAAUUAACUACACACCUGCUAAACACACACACACACAGAGUCUCUCCCUAUAUAUAUACACAUGUACACAUAUAUACAUCCUACACUUUCGAGGCUAGAGGGAACUGGUGACAUUCUACAGUCUGACUAAUUCUGUGUUUCUGGAGAGCAGGAUGCAAAUGUGUGGUAAGAAUGAUCAAAGACUCUACACACUGGGUGGCUUGGACAGCCCACGUUCCCAGAAUAAUCCUUGAGAGAAAAGGAAGAAUGGGAGCAAUGGCGUUGAUUUCACUUCAAGCCAAAUGCCGGUGCAGAGGUGAAUGGCUCAGCGAGCACUACAAUAGGUGACCUGGAGGAAGGUCACAGCUGCACUGAAAAUGGGAUGCGCGUGAACACAGCGGAUCCAUGAACUACUGUAAAGUGUUGACAGCGUGCACACUGCGGCCAGCAGGUGACGUGUGUGUGCAAUGCGAUGAGAAUGCAGAAGUCAGUAAUGUGGGCGAUGUUUGUUGUGCUCCUUUUUUCCUAUAGAGCUGCUAAAGUACAGAAUUUAGCAAAUAAAAAGGGGCCACCCUGCCCAAAAGUGUCUUUAAAGUUCUAGGUACAUUGUCAACUUCAAGUCCAGAGAGGUUCCAAAGGACACCUUUGGUCAAGAGGACUGGGGGUGGGGGUGGAGGCGGGGGAGGAGCAGCCCCAGGAGUCCAGAACCCGGGGCUGCAUGAGAACCCCAAUUGAGGCAGCUAGCAUAAGCCUCACCUGGUCAGGGUGACCCUGGGCCUUUCCUGGAGAUCCCACCCCACAGGAAAUCCUUGGGGGACCCUCUUUUCCUUGACAGCUUACUCAGGAUAUCUCAGCCCCUCUUAGUCUACUCAUUUAGGACCUAUCUCUGGAAGCCUCUACCCACCCCUCUCCCCUACCAGGUAAAGAAAAGAGCCAACUGCAGAGAAGGAAUGGGGGAGGAAACUGGUUGAGGGGUGAAGGGAUUGAUGAGCAGGGCCUGCACCUUGCCUUCUAACCCUCUCAAAGCUCAGGAGCCUGAGUUGGUUUAUCUCCAUCUCCGCUUCCUGGGCUUUUUCCAGCCAGCCCAGUGGUGGGACAGUCUAAUUGCAUCAACUGAGUGUUUUCCAGAGGCCACAGCCCUUCACCACCUGGAGGGGUCUCUCCAGGAGCAUGAGAUCGCUGAAGACCUGUUCCUUCCUUUCCUUUGAUUAUUUUGUAUACUUCUCUGUGUUGUCUGUUGGAGUGUGUGCUAAUUUUAUAUUUGACCUAAACUGGAAACACACUUUCAGUUUGCAAAAACAAAGACCAUAUUACUCUACCAGUCAUCACCCUCCCUCCUCCCUCUUCCUGCCCCCUUAUGGUGGGGUGGUGAGGGGCACUAUCCUUCUGCCCCAGCGCAGGCCCAGAACCAAGAAAGGACCCCACCUCCCUCUGCUUGAGUCUCUCACAACUAGUCCCAGUGCCCAUCCGUUUGUUGGCAUGUGUAGGUAUACAGAAAUUUCUCUUGAUUCUUCUGUUGUCUCUCCAUGUCCUGAACAUGCAUUUAUGGUGCCCCAGCCAUGCACCAGACCUGCCAACCCCCACUUGUGGAGGGGCUGCCUUCUCUACAGCUGACCAUUCCCUCUCCCCUGGAGCACUUCUAUCCUGAGUCCCAGCCCUCCCCCUCCCCCUCCAGUGCAUUUAUCCCUACGGCUGGACACUCACAUGAGUGAAAAGGAAUGUGAUUCAUACUUACAGCAGGACUGCAGCUGUAAACUGGAACUUCUCUGGGCAAACCAGGAGCCGGGUCACCCUCAUCAUAAGGCACAGCUUCCUGCCACGCGUUUUUUCUAGAACGUUACCCAAUCACUGAGUCUAGGGGCCCAGGCUCAGCACUACUGGCUUGCUUUGUUUUCACAGCCUCUCACUGAGUCCUGCAGGAAUUGGGGGAAGUACUUGUGGUGGUGGUGGUCAGGGGAAAUGAGUAUCUGGGGGCAGCCUAGAGCGGCUUCUGCUGUUUCAGAGAAGACUGUCUCUUGCAGCCUGACCCAGUAGAGUCCCCUUGGCCCCCAGAAUCAAGUCCAGCUUUCUUAGUCCUGCCUUCAGGGUACAACUGCUAGGGCCCAGUGAAUAAAAUCCCUGCUCCACGAGGCUUACAUUCCAAUGGGGUAAGGGCAAAGUAAUAACACAAUAACAAAGUAUUAUUAUUAAGUGAAUUAGUACGUUGGGAGUUUGUAAGUCACGGUAAAAUAAAAGGUAGAGCAGAAAACAGGGGCUGAGGGGAAGCUGCAGCGUCUUCACAAAGAAAGUGGAGGAAACAAUGGACCCAAAACUAUCUGUUGGAUAAGUCCCCGCAUAGCCACAUGGUGUGAGAGAUCAUGAGUGAUUAUAGAACAAAGUAACUUGGCGACAGUGGCCAGAAAAAUGGAGUUGAAGUAAAGUGAAAAAGAAAAACAAAAAAACCAAAGUAACUUGGCAACAAAUCCUUAGGUGUAUGUAGUCUAAAACAAAAACUUUAUUCAGUAUUGUAGACUCCCAAUUUGAGUAAGAACAGGGCACUGUUGGAAUGGAAUCAAAUAUAUUAAUAUGAAGUCAUGACUUUAUGAAACAUUACAUUAAAAAUAUUUUGACUUUUUUUUUCCACUGAAAUGGCCCAGGAGAAAUGUCACCUCCAUAAUGCAUCUUAAUGCUAAGAUUUUGGUUUCUAGUGUUAGUUUUCUCUCAAAGGAGCCAAAGUUUCUUGGCACCAAUAGUGGAUGCCAUGUCAGUUUGGGGUUGAAAGGUACAAGGUGAUCCUAGAAUGCUUAUACCUUUUUUGGACAGAAAGCAAAGUGCUAAAUAAGGGUCAUUCAAAAUUACACAAGGAACAAUCUAUACAGGGCUCCUCCUGGCCAAAGCUGGGACAGUAUGAGCACCAGGAGGAGAAUAUUGGCUGGCACAAUUGAUACCAUACAUUUGAAAAGUCAUUAGUCCAUGGUACCCAACAAGAGCAAAGCUACCACAAUGCAUUCUCAGAGAAGAUGAAUCUGAUAGAAUGCAUUUCUACUUGUUAUUCAAUCCUGCUGGGCUUACUGACUCAUUUAUCGUGUCAAUGAAGAAUUCCAGUAAAUGAAAAUCCAUCAGUCAGAAGGCAUUUCUUCUCCUCUAAAGGCUCCUCUCUGCCCCUUAACGUCUUGGCUCUCCUUGUCCUGUCAAGGGGUUCCAUGGAAAAGUCUUUUAAGUUCCCUUCACAGAAGGAUUGCAGACUGCUGGUCUAGUCUCUGGGCCAACCCUCCCCGUCUCUUUAAUAAAGACGUUUUUUCUUA